CCGCACUCCAUUUGAAUUAUUUUAUUUUGAUUUCCGUUUUAAUAAUCCACCCACAUGAAUGCUCUCAGAAUAUAACACCUUCGUAUGAAUAAAGCCACAAUAUACUCCUAUUCGAUCUUUUUUCUUACGUAAUACAGAGGAGCCCGAAUAGAUAUUACUUCUUUCUUUCACUCAUUUUUCACAAGUAAGUAAUAUCUUGCCUUCCAUACGAGAGCAUUAGUAAUCCAUAAUUUCCCAUAAACUUAUAUCUACUUUUUGAGUCUACGGCAAAUCGGGCAACGGUCGAAGUGUUUCUGUCAAGCAAGCUAGAGGACUGAAACAGAGGUAGGAUUAUCCUGGGAGCGAGUUGGCCAGUCCCGUUCGAGUAGCUAUCGAGAUACGGGGGCUAUCUUUCUUCAAGGCCAGUCCGGUUAACGGGCGAUCUUACGCUAAGUCAUUCUUUCUCUAUCUUUUAUAUUAAUAUUUCGUAUCUAAUUAUUGUUGUUAUUUUAUUUGUUCUUGCAUUUGGUGGUUUGUCUGGUGAUUUGUGAUUAAAAUCGGGAUUUUAUCUGAAGAAAGAUAUUAUUUCUCGAGUUUUGAAAAAAUCCAAUAUGACGAACUUGGAAAAUGCUGCUACUUCUGAAAACGUUGUUGUUGACAAUAAUGUGAAUGAAAUCCCUGAAAAUAAUGUUAAUUCUGUGUCUGUGACUAAUUCUGGAGACACACCUGAAUUUGUUGCCACGGGCUCUCACAGGGUUGAUUUGACCGGAAUGCCUGAAAAAUUUUCUGGGCAUUUUUUCAAGCGUUGGCAACAACGCAUGAAAAUUUGGUUAAUCACCAAGGGUUUGCUCUCGGUAAUUAUGACAGUGUGUCCCCCCGUUGUCGAGUCUGAUCCCAAAAGUCUUGAACGCCAAACUUUAUGGCGUGAGAGGAAUGAAAUAGCCAAAGGAAUGAUAUUGUUGGGACUCUCCGACAUGUUAUUUGAUGUCUAUUGCACCCUCCACGGAGAGGAAUGAAAUAGCUAAAGACCUUUGGGAUGAGUUGGAUAGGAAAUAUAAUACUGAUGACCACGGUCUGGAAAAGUAUAUUGUUUCCAAAUUCUUGAGAUUCGACAUGAAAGAGGGAAAAUCUGUUUUAGAACAAACACAAGAAUUUGAGCUUAUCUUACAUUCUCUCCGUGAAGCAGAUAUGGAAUUGCCUGAAAAAUUUAAAGUCAUGGCUGUAAUUGAAAAAUUCUCCCUAGACGAUUCGGAAAGACGAUUCACGAGUCCACAAACCGUUAAAAUGGUAUCAAGCACUUAAAUGAUACUAAUUUGGGAUAAGUUAUCAUCAAUGAAUGUGAAACCAAUUUUUUCCCUAGAAGUCCAACUUCUGGGAAAAUGUAAUUUCCAAAAGAAGUCCAAUAGUUCAUUGCUCUCAUCUUUAGUGUUGCUAUCCUUCUUGAAGUUAAGUUGUUCUUGUUAACACGCAGACAUAGACUAGACAAAACUUGUUCUUAGGCCCUGACCCUACUGUCGGGGCAGAAUCAGGACACUGGGCCGGACUGGGCCGGUACAAAGAAUAUUUUUGAAAGAGAGAUUACAUAAAAGUUUUUACACUAAAAAUAUAGACAUUUUUUAGAUUUAGGCUGGGUAUUAUGGACCAUACGGGCCAUAGUUUAUUAUUUUUGGUAGCAUUAUUAUUAUAAUGAUCGUCUUCUUAUUUGUUUCUAAAUCUACUCCAAAAUUAUAGGAGCUAAUCUUGUAAACCCUUAUUAUUUAUUUCGGCCAAGAAGGCUCGAUGCACUGAGAAUAGAACUCACCAAAAUUACUCUUCUCUUUUGUUGUAUCGUUCAUAUACCUUAGAAUUAUAGCAUGGUAUCAAAGACAUACGGCUGAGAUACGCAACUUGACGCCAUGGCAAAUGAUGAUAACGAAACAGAAAACUAUGUUUCGACGGAGAUAAAAAUCGACCAUACUUCGCCGUUCUUCUUGGGGCCUCAAGACAGGCCGGGUGACUUCAUCACACCCGUUCAUUUGACGGAGAAUAAUUAUGAGGACUGGGUUGCAUCUGUUCGGUUAGCACUGAAAGCCCGGCGGAAGUUUGUGCUUGUUGAUGGAACUAUCACGAAACCGAAGCCGCCUUGCACGAACGAUGACUGGGAAACUCUACAUUCGAUGAUCGUGUCUUGGAUCAUGAACAUCAUAUCACCGGAGGUAAAAAAAAUACUCUUUCUCGAUAUGAAGAUGCUCGCCGAUUAUGGAGUGAUUUAAAGGAACGAUUUUCCGUCGUUGAUGGACCUCGCAUAUACCAAGUCAAAACAGAUUUGGCACGAUGUGAGCAGUCAAAAAAUAUGUCUAUUGGGACAUACUAUUCUAAACUGAAAGUCUUGUGGGACGAAGUGAAUGAUUAUGAGCCGUUGUUGAGCUGCAACUGUGGCAAGUGUACCUGCAACUUGAAUGAGCUCCUUGAAAAAUGAAGAGAAGCAGAACGCUUUUAUCAGUUUUAAUGGGACUCUACACAGAUUUUUACGGACAAGUUCGUUCGCAGCUUUUAACCCAAACACCUCUUCCAACGCUCAACCGUGCGUACCAACAAGUAACACAAGAAGAAAGAGUGCGUGGAAUAACCCAGGUGAAGGAUGAUAAGCCUAAUGUGGUGGGCUUUGCUGCUCGUCCUGAAGGGCGUGGGAAGGGAAAGAUGGCUAAGCCAGAUAAGUCUGACAUGAUAUGUACCUAUUGUCAUCUUUCCGGGCAUGACGUUGCCCAUUGUUUUGAACUCGUCGGCUACCCCAAGUGGUGGGGGGAUCGUCCACGUGCUGCGGUGAAACAAGUGAAAUCGGGCUUUGCAAAUCAGGGGAUGUCAAUGAUGCAUUCACAAUCUGGAACCUUGAAAGCUCAUGCAGCGAAGGCAGGCAGCUCAGGAGCAAAGGGGUUUGACGGAGCAAAGGGGACUGAAGAUAAGGACAAUUCACCGACACCCAUACCAGGUUUCACACUGGACUAAUGGAAGGCACUUGUUGGCCUUUGGUAACGCUCAAAUUACAAAUGAACGCAUGUCCGGACCGACACUCGAGGAAGCUGAUUGGAGCGGGUGAGAGGAGGAAUGGACUUUACUACUUGCAGGAACCUUUUGUUGCUCGGACAAUUCUCGUGGGACAGGCAUCUAAAUUUGAUAUGUGGCAUCAAUGUUUGGGACAUCCUUCAGAAAAUAUUAUCACAUGUUUGCCGUUUGUGAGUAGUUCUAAGCAGCAUUUGUCUAAGCCUUGUGAUGUGUGUUUUAAAGCUAAACAAACACAUGACUCUUUUCCUUUAGGAGGCAAUCUGUCCGAGCUGGCAAGCGCUUGAAGAAGUUACUAGCAACACCUGGCAAGUUGCUGCGAAACCUGGGAGGUCUGAGGAUGUAAAGGCCUGAAACUAAAGCAACAGCUCUGAAAGGAGUUGCAUACAGCACAACCGCAGCAAAGAGACAGAACACAAUAAACAGACUGGUUGCUCUUGGGUCUCUCCAAGUCAAUACCGACUGAAUCCUCUCCCCCUGUGUUGCUAUGUCUCCCACCAUCACCUG